AUGGGACGGAACCUGGCUGCGCAGGGCCAGCUAGAGGAAGCUGGGCGGUACCUGCGCCGCGCUCUGGAGAUGGCGCGCGAGGGCUUCGGCCCACGCGACCCCCACGUCGGCUCCGCAAGCCACAACCUGGCGGAGCUGCUGCGCCUGCGCGGCGAGCUGGCGGCCGCGGAGCCGCUGUACCGCGAGGCGGUGGCCCUACUGAUCGAGGCCUACGGCACGGAGGACGUGCGGGUGAGCGCCGCACUGCACACGCUGGGCGUGCUGCACUUCCAGCGCGGCGCCUGGGCCCCCGCCCAGGCCUGCCUGGCCCAGGCGCUGGAGGUGCGGCGGCGCGGCCUGGGCGCCGCGCACGUGGACACGCUGACCACCGGCGCGCUGCUGGCGGAGACGCAGCACGCCGCGGGGCUGGCGCGCGAUGCGCUCCGGUCGCUGCGCCUGGUGGUGGAGACGCAGCCGCGCCCGCUGCAGCCCGCGGGCCUGCGCCGUGCCGGGCGGCUGGCGGAGUGGCUCCUGCGCGCAGCGGCGGGGGAGGGCGGCGGUGGGGGGGAGGCAAGCACCGCACUGCUCGAGGAGGCGGGGCGCCACCUGGUUGCGUGCGUAGAGGCCCUGAGCAGCGCUCCGCCCGCCGCACUUCCGGGGCUGUGCCGCGCGGCCGAGGAGCGCGCGGCCUCGCUCCAGGCGCGCGGCUUCCCCGACGCCGCGCGCGCGCUGGCGGCGGCCGUGCUGGAGGCCGCCGAGCGCGAGGCCGGCGGCCGACGGGAGGGCCUGGGCGUGGCCCGGGCGCUGGGCCUGUGCGCCGGCGCGGCAGGGCACCGCGCCGCGGGGCUGGAGGACCCGGCCGCGGUGUGGGCCGCGCGGCGCGAGGCGCUGGCGCUGGCGCGGGAGGCGGCGGGGAUCACGGGGCCGCUGCUGGCGGCCGCGGAGCGCGAGGCGGCGGAGGCGCCGGGCCUCUGGCGCCGGCUGUGGGCGCGGGAAACGGAGCUUGAGGGCCUGGCGCGCUGGCGCAGGGUGUGGACCACGCGCAUCGCCGCCCUCUCCGCCAGCGUGGCGCUGGGCAGGGCGCAGCUGGCCGCGGAGGGGGGCGCUGGCGCGCAGGCCGGAGAGGCGCAGGCCGGAGAGGCGCAGGCCACGCUGCAGGGCGCGCUGCGCACCGCCCAGCGGUGGCUCGGGGAGGACUCAGGGGCCACUGUGCUGGGUACCGAUGCUUUGCUGGAGAAGGAGAGGGCGGCCAUCCGAGGCCUGCGCGCCGCGGUGCUGGACCUGCUCCAGGGUGACUCCACCCUCGACGAACGGCCGGCAACUGCCUGA